CCGUGAAUUUCAAUUUCAAAGUAGAGUGAAUUUGCUCUGCACUCUCUCAGCACACCGACGACGAUGAAGCCUCCGUCGUGAAUUCCGUUCAUCGUCGACUCUGCCGCUGUUUCUCACCUUCUUGUCGUUGGCCACUCAAACUACUCCACAAUUACGCGCAUCUUUCCCUGAGUUUUCACCAUCUCUCUUAGCAGCAGGCACAAAUUGCCUUUCUUGGGUAAACACAAAGGUGGGACAGAUCUUCAGUCUUCUUCUCCGCCUCACAGCAUCCUCACAGUCAUUUGUUGCUCCAUCUCCAGUUGGGAGGUGGAUUUGGAUUUUGCAUGGGUUUGAUACUGGCUUCCCUGGAAAACUCUAUAAUGCAAGAUCAAAUGACUGGCAAACAAAAAUUCAUUUAUGAAGCCAAGCAAAUGGUGCAAAGAAGCUGGAGUUCAGCAAAAACAUUUGUAGUCAUGGGAUUUCUCUGCUGUUGAGUGUGUUGUUCAGAAGCCAUUGCAAAGAAAAAUCACACAUACGGGUAACAUAUGUGUCAAUAUAUCAUGGCAAAACCCUCAAAUCCACCCUCAAAAAAUAUCGGUAGGGACACAUCCACCCCUCAAAAAAAAGUAGGGACAAAUACCCCUCCAAAUCGUAAAUCAAUACAAGUCACUCCUUUUUCAACAAAAAACGUCAGAAUUCUGUUUGCCAUGUCAGCAUUUUUUAACGGAAAACAUUGAAAAGGGGGUGAUUUGUAUUGAUUUAUGAUUUGGAGGGGCAAUUUGUCCCUGUUUUUUUUUUAGGGAUGGAUGUGUCCCUACCGAUAUUUUUUGAGGGUGAAUUUGGGGGUUCUGCCAUAUAUCAUUUUAAUUUCUCAUAUGGGGUCUAAUGUUGUAAAUAAUUGUGUGCUGGAUCUUGUUCUCUCAAUGCUAAGGGCAAAUGACGCAGCGGCAUGUUGCCUCUUCUUCAAGUGAGAAAUACUGAGGUUGAAGUACUGAACCUGUGUUGUCUGAAGAUAGCUUAUUUUAUUAAGUAAAUUUUGUUACUUUAAUUGUAAAAUAAAAAAUUGAGUUAUAU